CUCUCGGGCGGUGAGGUUGCAAUGCGAGCACAAGUUGCCAAGAGAUCGACUUCUGUUCAACUUUUGUAGCUCUCAUGACGCGCCGUUUUGCGAAUUAUUCCUAAACUUAGUUGAAAGUGAAAUUAAACGAACAUUACUUGAUGAAUUUUAUAUCAGGCUUUGUGACAAACUGAGAUACUUAGUGAGACGUUUGAAAAGUGAAAACAAACAAUUUAAGACUCGUCCAAUAUCAGUGCAGUUUUCAUUAAAGAACUGUUACUCGAUUAUUGAGGCGCAGCUACUAUUUUCCAUUUACGGUAAUCACAUACUUGAAACAAUCAAGCAGUGAAUUUCUGUGGAAAAAUUGUAAUUCAACCAGGGUGAAGUUUGGCGGACUGCAAAUAAUACAUAAUUAUUCAGAUGUCAUCAAAGUGAAUGUUUGCUUCAGUCAUUUAACUGUUCCAAGUUAAAGAAUCUAGAACAUUGUGAAACCGAAAGUGAAUAUUGUACUAAAAGUGCCGAAUAUUGUGUGAAAAUAUAACAAAUGAAGAUACGUGUGUGACUUUCUUUGAUAAAUAAAAGUUUGCAACUACAAUGGAGACCGAAGAAUUAACGAAACUCGUCGAUGGAAUUUAUAAGAAUAUCCUGGAUAAGUUCAAUCCAGGUGCGCGGCAGAUGAUAACAGCUGGGAAGGCGUAUUUGAAAGCAUUACAUGGCGCUGCGGCAGCCUCUCGUAUGUACGUUGAUGCAGUGGGGAAGCUUGGGCGACAAGCCCAGCAAGGCACAUGGGGUGGAUGUGCUGACAUCGGUACAGCACUGAUGAAAGUGGUGGAGGUCUAUCGAGAAAUUCAAGAUCAACAAAUGAACAUCCUGAAGGCGUUCUACGUAGAUCUGCUUGUUCCACUUGAGACUAACCUUGAAAAGGAUACAAAAGUAGUGCAGUCCGAGCAAAAGAGAUUCUUACAACAACACAAACUUCGUUCUGAGAGCUACAGCAAGGCAGCUGCAACAAUAAAAAAACAAAGGAAAAAGAAAACUAAUGCAACUAAAGUUGGUUCAGCGAUGGACAAGGAAAUGAAGAGCAUGCAAAUAUUGGAAGAAGAAAAGGCCAAGUUGGAUGCCUUCUGCGAGCAAAGUUUGAAAAAUGCGAUGACUCAAGAGCGUCGCAGAUAUGGAUUUGUACUCGAGCGACAAUGUUCGCUGGCGAAACACUGGCUGGCUUAUCACUCAGCGGGCGCCACGGCUUACAACAACGGCUUGGAGGAGUGGCUUGAGGUGUCUCGAACCAGGGAGUAUCUGCCGCCCAAUGUCGAGGCAAUGUUUGUUAGCAGGAUGCGACAAGUAUCAUUUUGGACUGAUGAAGAAGUCUACGCAAGUCCUCGCAUUGGUGAUGAUGAUGACCGUGGCUCUGUGGGGUCUGCUCUACGCAAGACAAGAUCGGUGGACGCAUCGUGCCUCGAUGUCAGAUCCAUCGGAGACCUGGGAUCGCCAAGCCAGGGAAUAUCUAGAGCCAAAUCUGAUUUGAAUCUGCAAGCAAACUUUAGUGACCACGACACUGACACACGAACGAGCACUCGUCCAACAUCUCUUGCUCCACCAAACUGCACUUCCCGCGACCCGCCGCUCGCCCGAGCUCUGUACGCAUACGCUGCAGCAGGGGACAACCAGCUGAGCUUCCAGCAAGGAGAUGUGCUUGCUUUACUUGGAGAUAGAACAAAGGGUUGGCAGUAUGGAGAAAACUUACGUUCCCACAACGCGGGAUGGUUCCCACUGGCUUACACCGAACCAAUUAUUGACGACGAUGUUAGUAGUUCACCUGCACGUUGGAGUGCACAGACUCCUAGUGAGACUCCUCCACCAGCUCCUCUGACGCACGCGCAAGUGACCACACCAUCUGGACAUACUCACUCACAACCGCAGACACGCAUGUUUGGCGACACUGUCACCUCUCAUCAUGUUACUAAGGGUCGUCUCGCCCCAACAUCACCAGGUCUACCACCAACUCUGCCCGCCCCUUCACCCAGUGCUCUAAGCUCUUCAGCCAGUGCAAAUUUCCAUUCAGCCGCGUCAGGUGCAUCCAGUGCUAUAAAGAACUCCACAUCAGCUGCCAGCUUCACAACACAUGCAGUUAUUGAAACCAGAAGUUUUGGUCCACAAACAUUACCAAUGAGAUCCCAGGUACUGCAAAACAAGGGGCCUGCUAAAACAGUCGUAUCAGCUGUUGGAGCCGUUGGGAACGUGUCUCUACAUAGCUCUAAUGAUUCCGGUUUUUCAAAUGAACCCCCUCCACAGCCUGAUGUUGAUUAUAGUGAUGAAGAGGCUCAGCGACAUCGUAUUCCCAUUAGUAAACAUGGUCAAAGAAACACUGAUAAUCGUGCAUACUUAUUAAAAACGCAAAGCUUAAAACGUGGUCCAAAACAACAUAAUACAAGCAAUGGCUACCUGACAGACGAUCAACAGCUAUUAUUGCGUAACAUGUUGGACAUGGACAAAGAUUCUCAAAAAAUAAAAAGAACAAAAUCGUUUUGGAAAUUUGGUAGAACAACAUCUGAAGAAAUAAUGGAAGGAAUGUCCCUUUGGCAGCAUCGGGAUAUUGUUGAUACCGUACCAGAAUAUAAAAAGAAACUUUUUGUUAAGCUGAAGAAAGAAUUACGACCUGCACCAGAAGUACCCGAACCUAGAACACAAAUUAGUGCAGAUAAGCCACCACUGGUAGAAAACACUAAAACACGCCCUCAGGAAACAAUUGAUAGAAAAGAUGUGAAGGUUAAUGGUGGUAUUCGCCAUGCAAGAAGUAUGGGAUCUAUUCAGAACUAUGAGGAACAAACAAAAAAGAUCAAUGAAAAAUACAAUGAAUCCCAAGUAAACAAAAGAAAUAUGUCUGAAAAAUCUAUUGUUGAAGAGAAGCAAGACGAUGUUGUUGUACAACGAAAUGACUCACGUCAUUCAGAUUUGACAAAUACAAGUACAAUAAAAACAAACUUUGAAAAUAGUUUCUAUAACGACGAAAAUGGUGAUGGAUUUGUAAUGAAAACAGUCAAACGUAGAGAAAUCUUGCAGAAGUAUGACAAUGAUAGUAGCUCAGAUGCUAAUUCAGUUGCUUCCAGUACAGAUCCCUACGACUGCAUUAUUGUGGAUGACCAUAUGACAUCAAAAAAGCAACAAGAACUUGAACGCCGUAGAAAAACUCAGAUGAUGGAAAAAGAAAUAAAAGUUAAUAAUGAAAAUGCAUAUAUGCCCGAGUUUGAAGAAAUUGAAGUUACUCCAAUAAAACCCCAUGUUCGAGGUAAUCUACCCCCGGAAAAGAACAAAAAAUCUUCUAAUGAUCGUGCUUCACCUAAAACUAUGGAAUUUAAAACAUUUAAAGAUAAUUCAAAAGAUAUAAAAACAUUUUCUGCAUCUUCUGAAACUUUAAAAUACAAAGAAAAUGAACAGUUAACAGACAGAUACGGAAUCCCGAUGGAAAGAAAUAAUAAUGAGAUCUGUACGGAGGGUGCAUACAAUGGACAUGAUGAUGGCACAUUAAAGUACAAAAAGCAUUCAAGCGAUGAAAAUAUACGUCAACAAAACAAUUUUGAAAAUAUGAAAAACAAUAACAAUAAUAAUUACCCAAGAGCUGAAAUAAGGAAUCAGAAGAAAGAGAUUAGAUCUUAUGAAACUCGGGAGCCAAGAAUAGAUUAUUCACUUGACAGACGACAGUCAAAGAAGACGGAUAACUUUACUGAGUCCAAAAAUCGAGAUGUGAGGUCUAGAAGCCGAAUCAUAAGAAGCUACGAUGACAGCUCCUUACAGUAUAAUGGGCGAAAAGAAGAACGGUACUACGAUACGAAUAUAUCUUAUUUUAGUGAUCAGGAAAGGCGUACCUCAAGGUAUGAUUACGAGACAGAUUCCAAAAAAGCUGAAAAGUCAAAAAUUAGGCAAGAAGAAGCUAGGCUUGAAGGAAGACGAAUAAUGGAUCGCCAUAAUGAAAGUCAAUACAGUGAAUCAGAUGAUCAAAAAUUUAACGAAGCAUUAAAGCAACAAAGGCCUCAAUUACUGCCGCGUACUAAACUACUUAAACGACCAACAGAGGGUCAUGAAUUACCUGAAGAAGGCCAUACCUUUGGGCCGUGGUACGAUUUAUGGGGUCGGGAAACCGCCAUGUAUAAGUAAUUAUAUUAAGGUUUGUCUAAAGUUUAGUCCUUUUGUUCUUUGUAUUUCAUUCAUUUAGAUAUGUAUGUUUUUAAGUAGUUUGCAUGUCUUGUAAGUUGUUUUGUUUCAUGUGCGAUAUUAGUUAUUGAAUAUUAUUUUGUUGCUAAUGUUAAUGUUGAUAUUGAAACAGCUCAAAAUUAGUAGAUUUGUUAAUUUUAAGCCAAACUGUAAGUUGUUAUUCUCGAGUAGAUAUAUUAUUGAUAGUUUGAAUUUUUGAAUAUUUGAUUAUAUUUGCAAAAUAUUACAAGAUAUAUUUUUAUCUGAUCAUUAUUAACACAGUCUUUUCUGAUUUAUAUUAACUUGAAAUUUCUUUUUUUACUCAAACCUAAAAGUGUAGCCGCAAUCAGAGACAUUUACGCCAAAUUAAAAUCUAGUUUUUUUAGUAUAUAGGUGUUAAGGGAUUUCAUUUAGGAUUUAUUUCUUGAGUAAUAUUUUAUAUAUCUUUAUAGGCCUCAACAAUUCGCGACGGUAAAACUAAGAAAAACCCUAACAAACGAUCGUUCGUCGCCCGCCAUUGAGUAAAUUAAUCGUUGAAAGAUGUGUGUUAUCAUGUAAAUUAAUUAUUAUCGUAUUAUGUAUUCUGUACAGUUAUUCGUAGUUUAAGAAAAAUAUAUCACAAUUUUUACGGUUAA